AUGUUAAUAUGCCAACCUACCCGCAGAUUUGAAGAAUCUGAUCUCGAAAAAAAGUUUUCUAAAAACCUGAGUUUGAAGGACUCAUGUGAUCUCAAAGAUGUAAAACAAAACAACACAGAUUCAGAAAUUAUCGAAGGUGACUUCGAAAAGCUCGCAGAAAAAUUAGGACUCAAUACAUUUACAGAAAAUAAAGAUAAAUGGAAGAAAUUUUACGUCUUCACUGGCUCAGAUUUCGGUUGGGAAGAACUUGCUGCAAAUGCACUUGAAUAUUAUUGUCUACUUUAUUCUAAGACUUUUGAUUCAUCAAAAGGUACUCAUAUAUUAAUCAGAAAUGGGAAAUUGGUUAGGUACAGAUCAAGUGAAGUAGAGAAUAAACUGGAGAAAGAAUAUUCAGGAUGCUUUUAUAUUUUUGUUCAUAAACGUAUUGUUGAAUUGCAUAAAUUUUAG